GCCACCUCCAAUGUAAUUGCCACAUCUAACUCCGGUGAGGUGCUGGCUUAAAGAUUUUACAGAAAUACUGCAACUGCUGUAAUUCAUACCGAAUUCAUCUUGUUUUCUUCAUUAAAGAUGUAUAAAGAUUUGAAAUUAUAUAUUACCAAAAAUACAUAUACUAUUGCUACUGAAUCAGGUUCUAAUUUAGUUGUUGACCGAAAUACAGGAAACUUAAGCAUAUCAGAAAGUAUACCUCCUACCAAUGAGCAAGAAAGUGCCUUGAAUAUUUAUGGUCUUUUAGGCUUUAUUAAGUUUUGGACAGGUGAUUACAUGUUGACAAUUACUCAACGUGAACUUAUUGGCUCUAUUCGUGGAAAGUCAAUUUAUCGUGUUGGCUCUUUUCAAAUAUUACCUUUAGCUCAUAACUUGGACAGCUUGAAUGAAAAUCAAAAAUCUCAAGAACAAAAAUUUGUCAACUUGCUUGAAUCUCAUCUCAAAAACAAUACUUUUUACUUUUCAUAUGAUUAUGAUUUGACUCAAUCAGUUCAGCGACAAGCUUUAUAUAAUGCUGAACAAUUAGAGGGACCUUUUUAUAAAAGGGCUGAUGAGCGUUUCUUUUGGAAUCGAUUCGUAUCUACAAAGUUAAUUGAAGCCAAGAUUGAUCUUUCUGGCUUUAUUUUACCUGUGAUACAAGGAUUCGUUGAAUUGAACAAGUGCCAAAUUAAUAACAAAGAAUUUGUAUGGGGCUUAAUUACACGUAGAAGUAGACAUCGUCCAGGAACACGUUAUUUUUCACGUGGUAUUGAUGAACACGGUCAUGUUUCUAAUUUUGUAGAAACAGAACAAUUUGUCUUGUAUAAUAAUCAAGAAUUGUCUUAUGUUCAAACAAGAGGCUCUAUUCCCGUCUUCUGGGCUCAAGUAAUCAAUCUUAAAUAUACACCUCGUCUUUGGAUUGGUGAAAAUAGGAAGAGUUUAGCAGCAGCUCGAGCCCAUUUUGAUGAGCAAAUUCGUAUUUACGGUCCUCAAAUUUUAGUAAAUCUAAUCAACAAAAAGGGAUAUGAGUUACCUAUGGGUCAGGCUUAUGCUCGUACAGUUGAACAGUUAAAUGAUCCUCGUAUCUUUUAUACUCAUUUCGAUUUUCAUUCUGAAUGUUCAAAGAUGCGUUGGCAUCGUAUUCAACUCUUAGUUGAUCAGUUGAAAGAUAAAUUAGUAGAACAAGGUUAUACUUGCUAUGAUGUAUUAAAUAACAAUCUUAAGAAAAUGCAAACUUCAGUUAUACGCUCUAAUUGUAUGGAUUGUUUGGAUCGAACUAAUGUAGUUCAAAGUACGCUUGCUAGAUGGGUUUUAACUCAACAAUUACGUGAUUUGGGUAUUCUAGAGACUAAUCAAAAGUUAGAAGAUCAACCAGAAUUUAUGCAGAACUAUAGAAAUGUCUGGGCUGAUAAUGCAGAUGGUGUUAGUUGUGUUUAUUCUGGUACAGGUGCCCUUAAAACCGACUUCACUAGAACUGGUCAACGUACUAAAAUGGGUGCCUUGAAAGAUUUACAGAAUUCUAUAACACGUUAUGUUAAAAAUAACUUUUUAGACGGUAAUCGUCAAGAUGCAUUUGAUUUAUUCCUUGGUCAAUAUCAACUUGAAUAUGAUCAAUCUCCUUAUGCACAUAGUCCAUUUGAUAUCGAGAAGCCCCUUCGUGUUCGUGUUGUUCCUUAUAUCUUAAUCUACGCUAUUUUCAUGCUUUUAUUAAACAUCAUUCAUCCUAAUUACUCUGGAUUCAAAUCAUAUACAUCUUAUUUCCUUUUACUUCUCUUCUGGAUUUCUGUCUUGAUUUCAGGUGUUAAUUUUGCUUUCAAGCACGGUGAUCAAUUUGUUCAAUGGCCUUGUUUAGUUAAAUUACCUUCUACUGAAGAAAUACGUGAGUCAAGUACGUUUACAGAAAAGGGUAACAUGGCUCCUCCUGAACUUCAAAAAGAAGAUAUACUUUAAAAAAAAAAGAACCUUCUUUUUUUCUUUUUCUCUACCUUUACUUGUUUGUAAUUUUUUUUUUUUUAUUAAUGAAAAAGCAAUAAACUUGUUAAUGAUAAAUUAGCUCUUUGUAUAAA